AUGUCUGACAUCCAUUAUGACGUGAUGAUUGAACCGGUACUGGAGUACGGGGACUGCAGUUUGACAGGUCAGGUACAUCUUUCUCUAAUCGAGCUGCUGCACUUAAGGUACCUCAACCUAAGCUGGAAAAACUUUUUGUACACCGAAAUUUCGGCAUUCUUGGGUUCCCUCUCAGAUUUGGUCUAUCUUAACCUCUCCAAUGAAAGUUUUUAUGGGAAGGUUCUGCUUCACCUCGGAAAGCUUUCUAGUCUGCAGUAUCUUGAUCUCAAUAUCAUUAUCGGGUACAACUAUAAUUCCAGCGCCAUAUCAGUCGACAACCUCGAGUGGCUAUCAGACAUUCCUUCUUUGAAACGCCUUGACCUGUCUGACCUUACUGUCAGGAACGGCCAAGAUAAGUGGACAAAAAGAAAAAAUUGCAGAGAAAAACUGAAAUUUUGGGGAAAGGAACAUUUUUAA